GUGCUAUAUUGUUUCUUGCUACCUACUUCCAAAGUUUGUGACAAUGUAUUUUAUUCACAUUUAAGUAUUUUCAACGCAAGGUUUUGUUGAGACAAUAAACGAAACGAAAAUAUGGGAAUUAAGUUUGUUUUUCCGUUUAUCAAUUUCAUAUAAAAAUUACUUUUCAGAGUAUUUCUUUCUACAUACUUAAAUAAACAGAAUUUUAUGUAGCUAUAACUUAAAGCUAACUUAAUUUUUUCAGAAGUUUGACUGUAAUAUUUAGCUAACUGCAGUAAAAUAUUUUUAAGUUGACUUGAGUGGAAAGAAAUCAUUCUUCAUAAAACAACAAAUUUUUGGCUGGUUAAAAAUUGCAUGUUUUCAUAAAUUUUUAUGCUGAAUUCAAUUUUUUUUUUUUUUUUGUUGAAAAUUAUCAAUUUUGAGCAUGUAACCCUAAUGGUCCGUCCGCACAUCUGUUAUCUAGCUACAUAUACUGCUUUGUUUUUAUUAUCUUAAUAGAAACUGUAAAGCUAUGUGUUUUAUCUCUUACAGAAAAAAAUACAUACAAAUUAGUAUAUUAAUAUGGCUGCAAAAGUAGAACCUUCAAAUACAAAUAACACUUCAACAUGCCCUUGGGCUAAGAAAAAAACAGCAGAGGUCCGUGCCUUUACUGAUGUUAUGGAUGAAGAAUUUGCACAGCAGCUUCAAAAUGAAAAUUUAAAUGAAACUAGCCAACCUUUUGUGGAAGCUGUGGAGGAGUUUGUAUCUAAAGAAACGUCAUCCAAUGAAGCCACUACAAAUGAUCUUCUAUUAGCGCAAAUGUUGCAACUUGAAUUUGACAGGGAGAAUGAUGAAUUUGUAAAAAAGCUUGAAACAAACUAUAAUGGUACUAGUAAAGUGUCCAUGUCAUUUAAGAAUUUUCGCACCCUUCACCCAUAUGAUAUUGAGGAUGUAGAUGACACUGAUGAUGACAGCCAGGAAGAGGAGGAGGAUGAUGAAAUACCAGUUCCAAGUGGGAAGACAAAUUCUGCUUCUGAAAUUAUCACUAAACACAAUAGUUUAAUCUCAGAAAGAAAGAAUGCAAAAUAUGUAGAAUCGUUCCCUCUAAAUUUUGCAUCUGGAGAUGUUGGCAAAAAAGAUAUUCGCCUGCCAAACCAUGUGUACAACAAGUUGAAGACUCACUCGAUGAAAGAAGAGAGAAACAAUAUGCGACUACACGAGAAACAAGAACAUGCUACACAUGAAAAAGCCCUUGAUGAGAAUACGCGACUGCUUAUAUAUAAAAUGGUAAACAGUGGUGUGUUGCAGUCAAUUAAUGGAAUCGUAAGCACUGGAAAAGAAGCUGUUGUAAUUCACGCCGACGGAGGAGAGAUGGAAGAAAAACCGCUAUCAAAAGAGUGCGCUCUCAAAGUUUUUAAGACAACACUGAGUGAAUUUAAAACUCGUGAAAAAUACAUCAAGGAUGAUCACAGAUUUCGCGACAGAUUCGCCAAACAGAAUCCCAGGAAAAUUAUAAAGCUGUGGGCCGAAAAAGAAUUUCGAAAUUUAAAUAGAAUGAAGGAUGCAGGUCUCAAUUGUCCGCACGUUGAACUGUUAAGAAAACAUAUUCUCGUCAUGUCUUUUAUCGGUGAAAAUCGAGUUCCUGCUCAAAAACUAAAAGACGCACGACUCUCUAAAGAGCAGUUUAAUAACGCAUAUGAACAGUGUAUACAGACCAUGAAAACGUUAUACGAAAAAUGCAAUCUCAUUCAUGCUGACCUCAGCGAAUAUAACAUCUUGUGGCACGACUCAAAAUGUUUCUUCAUUGAUGUCAGUCAGUCUAUAGAACCUGUCCAUCCACAAGCAUACCAUUUCUUACUGCGAGACUGUCGUAAUAUUAUUAACUUCUUCAAUAAAGUCGGAGUAGCUGAGGUUAUGAAGGAAGACGAACUAUUUGCUUACGUGUGCGGUAAACAACUUGAAAUUACAAAUCUUGAUGAAAUCGAAAACGAGUGUCAGCUACAAUUCGAGAAAAACGAGGAAUUGUUAACGUACGGUAUCGACUCGAAGAAUUAUCCCUUCAACUAUCAUUUUGAACAAUCGAAACAAAAUAUAAGGGAGAAUACUGAUACUUCGUAGUGCUUUGAUUACUAUUCAUAUUAUUAAUUUUAAUAAAAUAAUCGAGCAUCACGUCUUCCCAGAAGCCGCGUGAAUAUCACAGAAGCAAAUUUAAAAAUGAAAAUUCGUUUAGUACUGCGAUCUUCACCGUUUUUUAUUAUAUUAGUCUAAGAAAUGUAUCUUUAUAUUUAUAUGGUUGUAAUUGAAGAUGAGAUGCUUUCGUUUUA